CGAGGCCGUCCGCGUCUCUCGGCACUGCCCGAGAGACCGCGGCCCUCGCGGCGGCCCCGACCGCCUCGGCGCGCGCGCGCGCUUCGCGCCGCCCCGCGGAAGAACCGCGCACCGCCCCGGCGGCGCCGAGCUUCUCGGCGCGCGCCGGGGCCCGAUGGAGCCCUACGCGCCGCGGCCCGACGCGGCCAUGGCGACGACGGCGCCGUCGCGGCUGCGGCGCCUGACCCUCGACGUGCUCGACACCUACACGCGCGUCGGCGCCGGCCGGCCCGCCGGGGCCGGGGGCGCCGGGGGCGCGGACCCGGCGCGCUUCGCCGAGUGGAUCCGGCUGUCGACGACGCCGCGCGCGCCGGGCCGGCCGUCCGUCGUGCCCCGGCGGUCGCUGACGGCGCCGAACGUCGGCGGCGGCAACGAGGGCCGCGACAACGCCGAGGCGGAGCUCAUCUGCUACGCGGGCGACGUGCUGGGCCCCGGCGGCGACGGCCCGUCCUUCGAGAUCAUCGACAAGCUCGGCAAGGGCUCCUUCGGCCAGGUCUUCCGCUGCCGGUCCGCGAAGACGGGGCGAUUGGUGGCCAUCAAGGUCGUCAAGAACUGCGCGUCCUACGCGACGCAGGCGCUCGUCGAAUCGCAGAUCGCGCGCAUGCUCAACUCGCGGGGCGCGCACCCGCACGUCGUCCACCUGUUCGGCGACUUUAGCCACGGCGGCCACGUGUGUUUGGUCUUCGAGCUGCUGUCGAUGAAUUUGUACGAGCUGCUGAAGCAGAACCAAUUCCGCGGAUUGCCCUUGGAGUCCGUGCGCCUCUUCUCGGCGCAGAUCCUGAGCGCCCUCGUGUGUCUCGACGACGCCAAAAUCGUCCACUGCGACGUCAAGCCGGAGAACAUCCUCCUGUCGCCGCGGCCGGGCGACGACGGCGCGUCCGUCGUGAAACUCAUCGACUUCGGGUCCGCGUGCGUCGAGGGCCGGUCCACGCAGACCUACGUCCAGUCCCGCUUCUACCGGGCGCCGGAGGUGCUCGUCGGCGCGCCCUACGACGGCGCCAUCGACGUCUGGUCCGCGGCCUGCGUCGUCGCGGAGCUCAUGCUCGGCCUGCCCGUGUUUCCGGGCGUGUCGGCGCACAACCAGAUCACGCGCAUCGUCGAGAUGCUCGGCACGUUCCCCGACGCGCUCCUCGAGCGCGGCGACGACGCGGCCAAGUACUUCUUCCGCAAGCCCGACGCGCCGCCGCCGGCCGCGCCGCCGCAGCCGCCGCCGGCGGCCGUGCCCGACGACGCGUUCGACGACGACGGCGCCGACGCCAAGUUCUCCGACGACGACGACGGGCCCGCGUCGUCCUACGAGCUCAAGACGCCGGAAGCGUAUGCUCGAGAUACGGGGUCUUCCGUGCCGCGCACGAAGAAGUACUUCCAGUACAAGCGCCUCGACGAGAUCGUCAACCACUACCCGAUCCGCGCGGGCCUGUCGGCGUCGGACGUCGACGCGGAGCGCGACAAGCGCAAGGUCUUCGCCCACUUCGUGCGGGGCAUGCUCCGCCACGCGCCGGACGAGCGCUGGACGCCGCGCAUGGCCGCGGCGCACCCGUUCCUGGCGGGC